AUGACUGUGUUUCGAUGGGAUUCGUCGCUUGAGAGGAAGCAGUCUAUCGACACGCGCCCUUCAAACAUAAUCACUUCAAGUGUCGACCCUCCGGACGAUAGUUUGAACAUUAUACCGGAAGCUUCUUUUCCAGGAGGACAUCGCGAACCAAGCUCAUCUGACCAAUGUCUGCUGCGGCAUCACUCGAGUGUGCCACUUUCGACUUCAGUCGCCCUGUUGACGCAUAACGAGGCUGUCCAAAAGGGCUCGAGAGGCAGUGAAAGUUCGUGCAAACCGCCCGACGAGUCGGCUUCCAGAGAAUGGACAGUUGCCUCCUUCGAAGGCCCGAAAAUAACGGACAGCUGUCCAAAGAGGAGGGCGAUUGAAACCACCUCCGCCAGUACAUUUUCUCAAAGUCUCCAAAUUUCUCAGGCCCAUCGGUUACUUUUCCCGAAUUCUGAUGUCUCCGUGCCGAAAAUUCAACAAAAUGGAGUGGCCGAGAGCACUUGCCCGGUUCUUCCGCAAGGAAAGCACAGAAGAGACUCACCAAGUGUCGCCAGAUCUGCACAUGCCCAGAAUGCAUCUUUCUGGGAAUCGGCCGAUAUUGUCGACCCUCGGACAUCUGAAGUGACCCAACUGGAUCCCACAGCUUUCACCACCGACGAGACCUUUGUGAAGACAGAUCUAGCCGCCCAUAGAGACAGUGUGGAUUUACCCAUCUGCCCGGAUAAAGAGAAACACGCUAGUCUGUCGCCUUGUGGUAAUGUGGACUUGCUGGACGCUCAAUCCCGACGGUCUAGGUCCGUCGCUUCACUCACCUCCAGUUUAAUGCUAUUAACCUCCGCAUGGACAACCGUGGAAGAGUGUGGCGGGAACGGUGGUGGUUCAGACGUGGUCAGUUCAUCUGCCAGAAUCACCCUUGAGGAGCCAAGACCAGUCGUCUCGAAGCCGUUCGAUGUACAUUCGCUCACUGAUGCUGCUAUAUACGAUGCCGGCGAAACGACUGAGAAUGUACCAAGUCAACAGCCAUGUACUGAUGCUGAACAUUAUCGUGAAUACUAUUACAGCGAACUUUGGACAAAGUUCGUUGAUCGAGAUCAUCCUCAUAACAGGAGUCAAUUUCUAAAACGAGUUCAGACCAUUUAA